AACUACAAGUACUUCAUUUCCGUUUGCUUCUUGUCAUCUCCCUUUGCUGAAGUUGCUUUCCAUCAAGAUUUUCCCCCAACUACUCGUUCCGAGAUUCUGCUUCGCGUAAGUUCCCGUGCGAUAACGACGAGGUCUGUACGUAACCGAGAGCCAAGGUAGCGGUGUCGCGAAAUACUGCUGAGCCGGCUGAACAGGAAGAUCACCAGGAAAGAGCAAAUCGCCCGGCUACAAAGAUCGGCGACGCCGCUUUGGCUCUUUCUAAUUUCUUCAGCAAUUUCUCCCGGAGCAAUGGAGCAGCCAACUGGUUCGGCAUUUCCUUCCCAAAAGGAGCUUCCUGUGAGCGCACCGCAACGUUACAUGACUACUUCGCCGGUCUACUGGUCUUACCACUACGACGCAAAGCCGGCAGCGCGCCAGAAUCUCCCGGCGGCUGUCUCGUGCCCUUGUUCUUUCGAAGAGCCUCCUCAAGAGGACAUGAAUGCACUUCUUGCCCAUGCGCUCUACGACAGCAUUCGGGAAAACUUCCACUACAUCCUGCAGACGCAGUACAACUACGGUUUCGACGCGGCAGGAAAUGUAUGGGGUGCCAACGGUUACACUCCCGUCCGCUUCGCUCCGGAGAGAACUAGGGCCGCGAUGUUGAACCAGACAGGGCAGCAGCACCUCUAAAAAGGGAAGUGCACGUUUUUCCACCGUUCGAUAAACGCCGAAGAGUCUGUUUGCUUCCCUCUGCAGCCAUCUGUUGCUCAAGCGUGGCGGGCGAGCACGGAAAAGCUUCCAUUGAACGGAGCACGUGGAGAUUUCAGGGAAGAACGGUCACCAACAGAAAGUAAAAAAAGGGAUUAGAUUCCGACUGUCUUUGUUGCAAAGAGGAGACAGUCCUCAUGACGCAGAUAUUUGAGUGACACAUAGACUGAAAUGGAAGAAGCUUGGAGCUUACUGGUGCUACAGCGGCCGUCAUUGUUAUAACGGCAGGGAUCUGCGUUCGCGCCGACGCCUCCUUAGGGACCAGGAAAGAUAACGGGUUGAGAUUGUUACAAGGCUCUAUGUGGACUUUCCGUUUGGAAAGAGGGAUGGAGGAACGGGGAAAGAGAUACAUAACAUCAUCACUUCAUCAGUUGUUCAGCAGUGUUCUUCGAAAUUGGUUGUGGCGCUUUCGCUGGGUGUCUAAGUCUGUUAUAAAUCACCUCUCUUUCUGGCAGUAUGAAAUGGCAGGAGAAUUGUGGAGCAUGGACGAAACACCCAACUCUUCUGAGUAGGAUUUCUUCGUGCUCGUGUCUCAUGCAAUGCACUGGCUUGUUUCGCGGGGAAGAUCGCUCAACACAAACUCCCAGUUUUGCAUCACAGUUUCCUUUCCCCCUCGUGAACGUUUGUCUCUCAUUAUAGAAUGCAGUUACGCAUCGUUUCUGAAGGUGCAGAAGCUUCUUCCUCUGCUUCCCGACAAUGUUCGACCAUGAUGACACUUUAAUAACUGGCUGUUACAAAGUAACA